AUGUUUAUUAUAGUUGCCGAACCACCACAAAUAAAAUCUCCUGUAGAAAGUCGAAGACAGGUAACAAUAGGCGGGAACGUCACACUUCCUUGUGUGGUAGAUGGAUUCCCAAAGCCAGACAUUGCAUGGGUUUUCUACAGCUCCAAUUCAUCAAUACCGCCCCGUAAACUGAAAACAACAGAUCCAUCAGGCUCUUUAUCAUUAAGAACAAUACAACAUGACAGUGAAGGACGUCAUGUUUGCGAAGCAACUAACAUUGGUGGCAACGAUACAAUCACAUAUGAAAUAGAAGUCCUCGAACCCCCUGUGAUAGACAAGAAAAUAAAAGAAAUACGAACACUUCAGAGUGGUGAUGUUCGUAUUGAAUGCAGAUUACUACAAGGUAAACCAAAACCUGUGGUACGGUGGUUCUACCAAACACCCCAAGGAAAUAAGGAAAUGGAUGCAAAUUCAGGAAAAGACCACAUCAUUCUUUAUAACGUCACGACGAAUAUGUCGGACACUUACAGAUGUGAAGCUCACAAUUCUGUAGGUGACGAUUCACAUUCUACGAAAAUUGUUGUGGACUAUUCACCAGUCUUUGGAUCAGAAGAUCCAGAUAUCAAAGCCAAAGAAGCUGAUGAAAUAACAAUCCAUUGCAGCGUAGUAGGUGAACCUACCCCUGAAGUUACGUGGUUUGUCAAUGACACUGGAAUUGAUACAAAACGUUUCAGUAUUGAUGAAUCUCACAAUUUGACUUUUAAAGCAACAUUAACCGACAGCGGCACCUACAGAUGCCAAGCUACCAACAAGCAUGGCACGAGAAAUCGAAUAACCCGAGUGUUCAUUUUCAAACCACCACAAAUAAAAUCUCCUGUAGAAAGUCGAAGACAGGUAACAAUAGGCGGGAAUGUCACACUUCCUUGUGUGGUAGAUGGAUUCCCGAAGCCAGACAUUGCAUGGGUUUUCUACAGCUCCAAUUCGUCAAUACCACCUCGUAAACUAAAAACAGCAGAUCCAUCAGGCUCUUUGUCAUUAAGAACAAUACAACAUGACAGUGAAGGACGUUAUGUUUGCGAAGCAACUAACAUUGGUGGCAAUGAUACGAUCACUUAUAAAAUAGAAGUCCUCGAACCCCCUGUGAUAGACAAGAAAAUAAAAGAAAUACGAACACUUCGGAGUGGUGAUGUUCGUAUUGAAUGCAGAUUACUACAAGGUAAACCAAAACCUGUGGUACGGUGGUUCUACCAAACACCCCAAGGAAAUAAGGAAAUGGAUGCAAAUUCAGGAAAAGACCACAUCAUUCUUUAUAACGUCACGACGAAUAUAUCGGACACUUACAGAUGUGAAGCUCACAAUUCUGUAGGUGACGAUUCACAUUCUACGAAAAUUGUUGUGGAUUAUCCACCAGUCUUUGGACCUGAAGAUCCAGAUAUCGAAGCCAAAGAAGCUGAUGAAAUAAUAAUCCAUUGCAGCGUAGUAGGUGAACCUACCCCUAAAGUUACGUGGUUUGUCAAUGACACUGGAAUUGAUACAAAACGUUUCAAACCACCACAAAUAAAAUCUCCUGUAGAAAGUCGAAGAGAGGUAACAAUAGGCGGGAACGUCACACUUCCUUGUGUGGUAGAUGGAUUCCCGAAGCCAGACAUUGCAUGGGUUUUCUACAGCUCCAAUUCGUCAAUACCACCCCGUAAACUAAAAACAGCACAUCCAUCUGGCUCUUUAUCAUUAGGAACAAUACAACAUGACAGUGAAGGACUCUAUGUCUGCAAAGCAACUAACAUUGGUGGCAAUGAUACAAUUACUUAUAAAAUAGAGGUCCUCGAACCCCCUUUGAUAGACAAGAAAACAAAAGAAAUACGAGCACAUCAGGGAGAUAAUGUUCGUAUUCAAUGCAGAUUGCUACAAGGUAAACCAAAACCUGUAGUACGGUGGUUCUACCAAACACCCCAGGGAACUAAGAAAGUGGAUGCAAAAUCCGGAGAAGACCACCUCAUUCUUUAUGACGUCACGACGAAAAUGGCGGGCACUUACAGGUGUGAAGCUCACAAUUCUGUAGGUGAUGAUAUUCAUUCUACGAAAUUUAUUGUGGUCUAUUCACCUGUAAUUGGACCUGAAGAUACAGAAAUCAAUGCUAAAGUAGGCGAUGAUGUAACAAUCCAUUGCAGCGUAGUAGGUGAACCUGCCCCUGAAGUUACAUGGUUUGUCAAUGACACUGGAAUUGAUCCUAAACGUUUUAGCAUUGAUGAAUUUCACAAACCACCACAAAUCGCACCUCCUGCAGAGAGCCGACGGAAGGUCAAAGUAGGCGUGGACGUCACACUUCCUUGUGUAGUAGAUGGAUUCCCGAAGCCAAACAUUACUUGGAUUUUCUACAGCUCGAAUUCUUCAAUCGCACCUCGUGAACUGAAAACCAUAGAACCAUCAGGCUCUUUAUUAUUACGAUCAAUAGAAUUUGAUGAAGAAGGUCGCUACACAUGUGAAGCACAUACCAUUGGUGGCAACGAUACAAUCAGUUAUAAUGUAGAAGUUUUCGGUAGGUGA